AUGUCUGUAUCACUGGAAUCUCGCGCAAAGGGUGCAAUCUGGGGAGUCUGCGUCGCCGACGCCCUGGGCGGACCAGUCCAGUUCGAAGAUCCAAAGACAUUCGAGCCGAUUACUGGGUUGAGAUAUGUGGCGCCGUUUGAUCAACCUGCUGGCUCCUACUCGGACGAUGGCUCAAUGACUCUAGCCCUAGCCUACUCCAUCGCCGAAUCAGAAAUGGACUACAACCACACGCUCUCAAUCAAGUUCUACGUCGAAUGGAUGCGAAGUGGUCGAUUCGGAACCAUUGAUCGAGCCUGGGAUAUGGGCCGGUCAACGCGCAAAUCCUUGUCUAUCUGGAAUAAUUCCCGCAUGGAAAAUCUUGAGGCUGCACAGGCUCGCAUUGAUAUUGAGUUGGACGGAGAGGAAUUUUCUGGAAAUGGGAGCUUGAUGAGGAUUGUUCCUCUUGGUGUUGCUUACUGGAAUGAUGUUCGUCUUGCGAGGGACCUUGCCCGGGUUCAAAGUCGUGUCACGCAUCCUUCUUUGGCCUGUGUUGAGGCUUGUGCAGCUUAUACGGUGCUAGUUUGUGGGGCUAUGAAUGGUCAUUCAAAGAAGCAGUUGUUUGAUUCGAUUUCUGCUUUUCGUUUUACGCAUCCUGCUUUGAAGGCACGUGUGGCGCAAUACAAAAGUCUCGAGGACUGGACUGCCAAGACUGAUAGGCAUAUUACGAGUAGUGGGUGGGUUGUUGAUACGCUUGAGGUUGCGCUGUGGGCUUUCUUUAGGUUUGAUACCUGGAAGAAGGGUGCUUUGGCUGUUGUGAAUCGAGGUGGUGAUUCUGAUACUGCUGGUGCUGUUUAUGGAGGCUUGGCUGGGGCAUUUUAUGGGGUUGAGUCUAUACCUCGGGAAUGGAAGGAUGGAAUGCAGAGAAAAGACUUUAUUGGGGGCAUUGCAACGAAGUUGGCCUCUGGGGUUGUUGAUGCCAGUUCGAAGUGA